AUGAGUACCCACCCCAAUCCGAAGGACUCGAUGAAGUCCACCUGGCGCCGCCUGGAUCGCGCCGAGUGGUCCGUCUUCCACUGGUUCUACGAGAUCCUGGGCAUCCACCCGGUCGCUUUGGACAAGGAAGUACCAGUUCACGAUAAGCAGGAGAAGGUGCCCUACAUCCCCGAGUGGCACUUGCACCGCUGGGUGCUGGUUCACUCUUUUAUUCCACUCGCCAUCCAUCACGUCUACACAUCCUAUACCGGGCACAACCUAAGCCCCCUCGCUGCCUUCCUCUUCUACAGUGCCGCGUUUAAGCUGAUCGCCAUCCACGAAAUCCACGUCCUCCGCCGAAUGGGCCACAUGCUGGGGUUCCUUGACGGCGACGUCCACGAGCGCGACGGGGUGCCAGAUGUCGGCGUGCAAAAGGUUGUCCACUCCCUUGUCUCCACCUCAACCGUUCGACCGAUCUUCACCGUGUUCCUCAGCUAUCGGAGCAGUCAGGCGCCCUCAACGAUGAACUGGCUCUGGCUACCCCUCGAAGCAGGCCUGUACGGUAUUAUUCUCGACUUCUGGUUCUACUGGUAUCACCGUUUAAUGCACGAGGUGACCGGUCUCUGGAAGUACCACCGGACCCACCACUUGACGAAGCACCCCAACCCACUUCUGACGCUCUACGCCGAUACAGAGCAAGAAUUCUUCGAUAUCGCUGGCAUCCCACUCCUCGCGUAUUUCAGCAUGAAGCUCAUGGGUCUCCCAAUGGGUUUUUACGAGUGGUGGAUCUGCCACCAGUAUGUCGUUUUCGCCGAGCUGGCGGGACACAGUGGUUUGCGCCUCCACGCCGUGCCGCCCAAUACCCUGUCCUGGCUUCUGAGGAUCUUCAACGCCGAACUUAUCAUUGAAGAUCAUGACAUGCACCAUCGCCGGGGGUGGAAGAAGAGUGCCAACUACGGGAAGCAAACACGCCUAUGGGACGUUGUGUUUGGCACCUGCGGAGAGCGGGUUGAGUGCUACACGGAGAAUGUCGACUAUGACAAUAAGAUCUCUAUGCCGCUGAUUUGA